AUGACGGAUGUUUGGACCUCAUGCACCAACCUUGGGUUUCUCGCUAUUACACUUCACUGGAUCGAUGAAGCCUGGAUUAUAAAACAAAUUUUAUUAGAUAUGAUACUGCUCCAUGAACGUCAUACCG